UGCUGCGGGCUUGCUGGAAAAGACGAAAGCCACUCGGUAGCGCCGCUGGCUGCCCGAGUCUCCGGACGCGGCGCCGCCUCCCCAGCAGAGGCGGUGACCGCGAAAGUUCCCUCCAUCCGCGCCCCCGGUGCCUGGGGGCGUCGGGGAUGAUUCUCCCCCUCCCAGCAGGGCCGGGUCGGGGCGAGGGUAGCGCCAGGACCGGCAAGUCAGCCUCCUGAGCCCGGAGUCGGAAACUCACCGACUUUACGGCCUCGUGGGCGGUCACCCCGGGAGCGCGGUGUGGCUUCGGCUCCUAUCUCGCGUCCUCGCCAUGAGUCCGGCCCUCCCUGCCAGCGCACAGCCCCUCAGCCUGCCUCCCUCAGCCCCUGCAGCCCAUCCUCUACAGGGGCCAUCAGUUUCCUAACAUUGUCCUGAUCGUGCCGCUCAUCCCCCUCCCACCCCCGCCUUCAGUGGUUCCCCACGGCCUCUGCAGCAAGUGUCGCCUCCUUAACCUCCCCGGGCACGUGGUGGUGACAGCGAUGACUCCUGCAUUAGGCGGGCUGUGAGCCAAUGAAGCCAAGACCGAGUCCGCUGGGUGCCCCUGAACUCCCGGUGCCUGGCAGAGAAGGGAAAUGCCGAUCGAUUCAAAUUCUAUACUUCCCUCAAGGCAUCAAGACUGUCUUUGUGGAUGGAGCCCCUGGUGCGCUGUGAGCCCUGCAUGAAUAUUUGACGAGUAAUGAAGCCAGAGGGACUACAGUGACAUGCAGACACCAGGCAAAGUCGCCGUUUAUGUAACUUGGGAAGCACUAACCCAUCUCCGGAGGGGUUACAGACAGCUUCUGCUGAUCAGGGGAUGGGGGUGCUAGGGGCCUGGGGCCGCCUGAGCUCUGUGACCUGAACGGACUGAAGCUGAUGCAGGGGACAUGAGAGGAACUUACGCUCACCGUGAGCGAGCCGGGUUAGGAGCCAGGCUCAGGCUCAGAGAGCGCUCAACCCUUGCUCUGCUGAGUGACCUCUGGCAGGAAUUGGUGUGGAUUUCCUGGACUCUCUACAUAACAGGCAAAUCAUCGGCAAACGAGGAGAGUUUUACUACGUUUGCAGUCCGUGAUUUUUAUUUCAUGCACCUUAUUUCUAUGGUGAAGACCUUCAGAACAGUGUUAAACAGAAGCGGCGAAAGUGGACAUCUUUACCGUGUUUCUGAUCCUGGGGAGAAAAGGGAAGCAAUUGGGUCUUUUACCAUUAAGAGUGUGGUUAGCUGUAGGCUUUUCACAGAUGCCCUUUAUCGAUCUGAAGAUACUCUCUACUAUUACUGGUUUGCUAAAAGGUUGCUUGUUUGUUAACCAUUAACGGGUGUUGGAUUUUGUCAUGUUUUCUCUACGUCCUUUGAAAUGAUAAUGUUUUUCCCCUUUAUUCUGUUAAUAUGUUGAAUUACAUUGAUUUUUUGAAUGUUGAACCAACCUUGAAUAAUCCUGUUUGUUUGUGAGGUAUUUUUAUGUAUUGUUGGAUUUAAUUUGCUGUUAUUAAGGAUUUUUUUGUGCUUAUAUUCAUGAGGGAAAUUGGUCUAUAAUUUUCCUUUUUGUGACAUUUUGGCUUUCAGUGUCAGGUUUAUGCUGGCCUCAUCACAUGAGCUGGGCAGUGAUCUUCCCUCCUCUCUUAAAAAAAAUCUAUGUAAUAUUAGUGUUAUUUUCUUCAUUGGGUGUUUGAUAGACUUUAGCAGUGAAACCAUCUGGGCAUAGAACUUUUCUGUUUUUGAUAACAAAUUUAAUUUCUUUAAUAGAUAUACAAUUAUUUAGAUUUCCUGUUUCCAGUGUCAACUUUGGAGAGUUGGAGAGAGAAAUUUUUCACCUAUGUUGUCAGAUUUGUUGGCAUAACGUCAUUCAUAGUAUUCUCUUUAUUUUUUUUAAUGUCUGUAGGAUCUGUGAUGAUAGCCCCUUUUUCAUUCCUGACAUGGUUAUUUGUGGGGUUUUUUCUUGGAGCGGAUUCAAAGGGGGGCAGCGGCCCCGGAGCCUCUGAGGACCCCCUGAGCCCUGCGCUCCCGCAGCUCCCGCGCCGCCCACAGCUCCUGGAUGGGGACGGAGGGCCCAGCGAGGAAGCGGCCACAGAUAGGGACAGCUCCCCGGCCCCAGAGGACCCCCCCGCCAACGCCCAGGCCCAGGCUGAGGCCGUGGCUGCGUCCCCUGCCCAGGCCGAGGCUGCGGGCGAGGCCCGGCUGGGGCCUAAGGUGGCGGCCGGCGGGGUGCCCAACAUUGGCUUCGUGGGCGAGCCCCCGCCCUAUGCGCCGCCGGACCCCAAGGCCGUGCACCUGCUCUACCCGCCCUUCCCGCAGGGGCCGGUCCUCUUCCAGCCCGGGCCCUCUCCCCAGGCCCUGUACCCGCCGCCGUCGGCCACGCCCCUGUACCCUGCACCCACAGCGCCACAGCUCUUCGCACCCUUCCCCGUGUACAACAGCCCCGUGGCCGGCGUGCCGGCCCCUGCCACGGUGGAGCACAGGCCCCUGCCCAAGGAUUACAUGAUGGAGUCAGUGCUGGUGACCCUGUUCUGCUGUCUGCUCACAGGGCUCAUCGCUAUUGUCUAUUCGCACGAGACCCGCGCGGCCCUGAGCAGGGGGGCCCUGGCCCAGGCGGAGGACGCAUCCCGCAAGGCCCGCUCGCUCGUGCUCUUCAGCCUGCUCUUCGGGGUCUGCGUGGCCACCAGCUGGGUCGUCUACGUGGUCGUGGCGCUCUACCUCCCCUGAGCACCGCCGGCUCCUUCGGGGUUGCCGGGGCGCACAGGGACACCCAGCCCGGACGGACUCUGUGGACUUGGAGCCCGCCGGUGGCCAUCUAGUGCCUGCAGAGGGUGGCAUUUGCAGCCCUUGGCACCCCUGCAGCGGGGCCGCAGCCCCUCCAGGUGGCCUCAGGCAGCGUCCUCACCUGAACUGGCUCCAGGGCCCAGGCCACCAGAGCCCCCAGGCCUCUGUGCUUCCUCCUGAGGUCUUUCUGGGGCUGUGCUGGCUGGGCUGGCUGGGCUGCCAGGGCCCUUGCCUUCACCUUACACCCGGGAGGCCAUCAAAGGCACCAGAGCCCUCCUUGUCCUGUAGAGCCAGAAGGACACUGCAGGGUCGGGCCUCCUCCCACCUGCUGCCCAGCCUGGUGACUGUAGGGCAAAGCUUCCCUGUGCAGGAGCUGAGCGGCAUCCUCUAUCCUUGGGAGCUCUUGGCUGAUGGUUCUGAGCCCCUGCCCCGUCCCAGGAGACAAGUGUGCUCGUGCUGACUCCAUGUCCAGAAACCAAGGCCACUGUGUCUGCUCAAUAAACGGAAAGCAACCCCCGGGCAGAGCUUCACGUUGUUACUUCUGGCUCCCCUGCAGGGCGAGCGGCAGCGUCUGUCCCCAGCUGGGCUCUGGGGGCUCCCGUGGCUGUCCCCGUCUCUGAUAUGCUGUUCGCAUGAAGGCAGGGGUCUGUUUGUUGUUCAUGUCCGUGGCCCCUCUGAGAUGUGACCCAUUUCUCUUGGCGCUGCUUUACCAGAAACUCCGUUCUCCCCAUCUCCCUGCCUCCUGCUUACUCCUUCUGUCUGCAGUCUUUUGGCUCUGCCCCACUCCCACUCCGUACGCAUUUUCUGCUCACUCCUUCUGUCCCUAACUUUACUGCCCACCAAUGGAGGAUCAACUGGGUCCCUGUGUGGCGAGGGCCACCCUGACCGGGGAGCACUCAGGUGCUGGAUGGCCUGCAGAGCUGUACGCGGGUAUCCCUGCAUUGUGCCUGGUACGCCAGUCUGGUCAGCUGUGGUCCUGAGAAUGGCCGUCCACGUUGCCAAGACUCAGAACCGUCCGCAGAGG